CAGUACUCUGCGCUCUCUUUACGUCCGGAGCCUUGGAGUAGGCGUUUCCGGCCAUUCAUACUCCUAGUCGGUCGUUCUUCUAGUUUCUGAUUUUGUACGCCAGCAGGCCAAGAGAGUGACGGCACCGCUAAGAUGAAGCUCGUGAGGUUUUUGAUGAAAUUGAGUCAUGAAACUGUAACUAUUGAAUUGAAGAAUGGAACACAGGUCCAUGGAACAAUCACAGGUGUGGAUGUUAGCAUGAACACACAUCUUAAAGCUGUGAAAAUGACCCUGAAGAACAGAGAACCUGUACAGCUAGAAACACUGAGUAUUCGAGGAAAUAAUAUUCGAUAUUUUAUUCUGCCAGACAGCUUGCCUCUGGAUACACUACUUGUGGAUGUGGAACCAAAGGUGAAAUCCAAGAAAAGGGAAGCUGUUGCAGGAAGAGGAAGAGGCCGAGGUAGAGGAAGAGGAAGAGGCCGUGGUAGAGGAAGAGGGGGUCCUAGGCGAUAAUGUCUUUCAAGAUUAUUGUUUCAAAGUGAUUUCAGAUAUUUUUUUGUACAGGUUUUUUUGUUUAUGCCAGUUUUUAACAAACAUAAAUGUGAGACAA